AUGAUUAAUGCUGUUAAAGGAACUGCCCUGGGGGUGGCUGGAUAUCUAACACCUGUUCUCAAGGAAUCAAAAUUUAAAGAAACUGGCGUUGUGACACCUGAGGAAUUUGUUGCGGCUGGGGAUCAUUUAGUGCAUCACUGUCCCACCUGGCAAUGGUCCUCUGGUGAUGAUUCAAAACACAAACCUUAUUUACCCAAAGACAAACAAUUUCUCAUCACACGAAAUGUUCCCUGCUACAAACGAGUGAAGCAAGUAGAUAAUCAUUCAGAUGAAAUAGAGAAAGUUCUGGAUGAAGAUGAUGAUGAUGGUGGCUGGGUGGAUACUCAUCAUUACGCAGACUCAACAGUAACUUCUGUGUCAGAAGCUAUUGCUGAUAUGAAUUUGGAUCCACAGGAUGCUAACAGAGCUCCUCUUCCUGGUGCUGGGAUAGCAGAUGACGACGACGAUGAUGACGAUGAUGAAGAAGCAGAAGAUAUGGAAGCUUUUGAGCAGAGUGGAAUGUUGGAAGAACAAGAUAAUGCUACUGUUGAAAUUCACACAACUGCACCUGAGGUUGAUGGAGGAUCAAGUGAGAGUGGUGUUUUGCAAACCCGUACUUAUGAUUUGAAUAUAACCUAUGAUAAAUAUUAUCAAACACCUCGGCUUUGGCUGUAUGGCUAUGAUGAAAAUCGGAAACCUCUCACAGUUGAGCAGAUGUAUGAAGACUUUAGUCAAGACCAUGCCAAAAAGACUGUAACAAUGGAAACACACCCCCACUUACCUGGGCCUCCAAUGGCUUCUGUGCAUCCUUGCAGGCAUGCUGAAGUUAUGAAGAAGAUUAUAGAAACUGUGGCAGAAGGAGGUGGGGACUUAAGCGUCCAUAUGUAUCUUUUGAUCUUUUUAAAAUUUGUCCAGGCCGUGAUUCCAACCAUAGAAUAUGAUUAUACACAACACUUUACUAUAGUAGUCAUGCAUACCUCCACCAUUAAAAAAAAAUUAUGUACAUGCAUAUGUAUGUAUGUUUCCUUGCCCCUUCUCCCAUCACUACCAGUUCACCACGUUACCCGGGUUCAUGGGUUUGUGACAAAUGCCCAUAUAUACCUGGUGGCCGGUUACAAAUCAAGACAAUGGAAGAUGAAGUCAGUGAUAACUGAUCUUAGGGGACCAGUUGUUGGGUACUUUUUAUUUUCCCUCUUCUAA